AUUCCCAUCCGUGUUAGGAUUCUUAAAAUACUCCAACUUUCCUUCUUAAGAGCCCUUCUUCUUUUAAACCCUAGAGGCCUAAAAUUAGGCCUUUAAACCGCCUCCAGAUCCAAAGCCCAAUCCCUCUCUCUCUUCCUCCUUGUCGAAACCCUAGAAUCUCCGUUGCAGAGAUUUUGGGCAAACAAGCAUGGAUAUUGAAUUGUCAGAUCAUAAAUCUUUGGAUAUCAGUAUCUCAGAUAUUGAUAAUGAUCCUGUCCCGCUAGAUACUCAAGCUUUUUCUCUUGAUCAUGAACUUCCGGAACAGGUAAAGAUUGAAAAUGCCGUCGAGGACCAUCAUUGUAUACCAAGUUCUGAACCGAAUAAUGAGAAUGGCAAUUUUCAACCGCAUAAUGAUAUAGGCAAUUUUGAAGCGCAUGCUGAUGAUUUAGUCACUCCUGAACCUCAACCUAAGCGUCGAAGAAAGAAGUCUAUUGUCUGGGAAUAUUUCACUGUUCAAAACGCGGGUGAAAAUACUAAAAGGGCUUGUUGUAAGAAAUGCAAGCAAACUUUUGCCUACAGUAAUGGAAAUAAAGUUGCAGGUACGAGCCACCUCAAGCGUCACAUUGAAUUGGGAACCUGCCCAGUACUUCGUCGCAAGGAGAAAAGUCUUGGAACAAUUACUCCACUAGCUGCCCUUGGAGGGGGUGCCGCUGCUGGUUCACCAAAAAGCCACUAUAAGGGUCGGUCGCGUUACUCUCAAAAUCUCUCAUUUGAUUACUGCCGUUCCCGCCGUGAGAUUGCCGAGAUGAUCAUCUUGCACGAAUAUCCACUACACAUGGUAGAACAUUCUGGUUUUGUAUCUUUUGUGCGAAAUCUUCAGCCACAGUUCAAUAUGGUCGAUGUUAACACUGUUAAAGCAGAUUGUUUAGAGAUAUACUCAUGCGAGAAACAAGAUCUUGCUAACCUUCUUGGUCAAAUCCCUGGUCGGAUUAGCCUGAGUGUGGACUUGUUGAUAUCAAGUCAAACGGUUGGGUAUGUGUUGGUGACCGGAUCUUUCAUUGAUAGCAAUUGGAAACUUCAUAGACGGAUCCUUAACGUUGUGAUGGUACCGGUUCCAUAUAACGGAGAAGCACUUAAUCAUGCUGUUGGAGUUUGUCUUGCUGACUGGGGUUUGGUGAGUAAGUUGUUUACCUUAACUUUAGACAAGGGAAUUUGGACAGGAAGUGAAAUUCAAAGUCUAAGAGGUUUCCUUUCCAUGAAGAACCCAUUAAUAUUGAGUGGUCAGUUUUUGAUUGAGCAUUGUUAUGCACAUCUUUUAAGUAGCAUGGCGCAAGAUGGGCUAAAUUCUGUACGGGAAACCAUAAACAGAGUUCGUGAAAGCAUAAAAUACGUGAAGACGUCAAUGGUGCAUGAACAGAAAUUUUUGGAGCUGAAAGAACAACUCCAACUGCCUAGUACAAAGACCCUGUUCCUCGAUGAUCAGACACAAUGGAACUCUACGUAUCUCAUGCUGGUGACUGGCCUAGAAUCAAAGGAAGUCUUUUCUUGCUUAGAUGCUGCAGAUCCAGAGUAUAAAUUAUCUUUAUCGAUGGAAGAAUGGAAGCAAAUUGAGACUCUCUGCAAACACUUGGGGGAGUUUGAUCGAGCAGCCAAUGUGUUGGGAGAUCCAGCUUCUUCCACUGCAAAUAACUACAUUCAUGAAUUGUGGAAACUUCAUUUGGAUUUGAACCAAGCAUCAUCCAUAAGUGAGGACGACUUUGAAAGGGCUUUAGUAGAGCCGAUGAAGGAAAAGUGGGAUAAGUACUGGAGCAGCUGUAACUUGGUCUUAGCUUUUGCUGUUGUGAUGGACCCUCGAUUUAAGUUGAAGCUUGUGGAGUUCAGCUUCACAAAGAUCUACGGUGACAAUGCAUCCUCAUAUGUCAAAGUUGUUGAUGAUGGCAUCCAUGAGUUAUAUUCUGAGUAUGUGAUUCAACCACUUAUGAUGACAGCAGCCAAUGCAGAAGUUCGAAACUCAGAAAAUAUUGUCAAAACAGAAGUAACAGAGGUAUCAUUAUCUUCCCCUAUAGCAUCUCUUGGUCCUUCGAGUGACAGGCUUUCGGAUUUUGAUGCCUUUAUACACGAGUCUUCAACUACUCAACAGACUAAAUCGGAGCUUGACCAGUACUUGGAGGAGGCUUUGUUACCUCGAAUACCAUUUGAUGUCCUGGCCUGGUGGAAAUUGAACGAACUGAAGUACCCAAUUCUUUCAAAGAUGGCGCGUGAUAUUUUAUCAAUUCCAGUUUCUACAGUUAGUUCUGAAACUGCAUUUAAGAUUGGAGGAAACAAGCUUGAUGUUUACAGGAGUUCACUGCAACCUGAGACAUUGGAAGCCCUUAUUUGUGCCAAAGAUUGGCUUCCUUGUCGACAAUGAGCAGCAGAUUUAGACUAUCAACUUUUUGUUUACUUCUUUCUUUACAAGUUUACUUCUUUACUGUCAAUUCCUAGGAAUUCUUUUAUACAUAGAGAUGAUAGUGUAGGAAACAGAGAGAGAGAGAGUAGUAUUUCCAAUUCGCACAGUAUUCUUGAUUUAAUGAAAAUCUUAUUUUUUGCUCCU